AUGUUCGGUGUCCUGUCUUUGGCUUACUUGGCCGUUUUCGUAGCGGCCGUGCAUUGCGAUGAUGUCUCGGCUCCGAGCGCGAUCAGUUUUUCGGACGAUGACAACGUGGGACGCACGUUCGGUCGGUUCGCCUUGAAGCGCUUGUCUUUCAUCUUUCUGCCCGUGAUGUUUACGCUCGGCGUUAUAUCGACUCUGCUCCUCGCACUCGCCGUCAUCUCCGUGAAGAACCUUGCUAUCGGAGUGAUACUCCUGAUAGUGGCCAUCAGCCAGGCUGUCACAAGACUGUUCUCAGCGGCGACAAAUUCAUCACCCUUAGUGCAUUUCCACCCCCGAGCUGAACUUCUGCCAGCGCCGGCGCCGUGGCCUGCAGCAUCGGGACCACUUCUCUCACCCUGGGCGAGAUCGGACAACGACGCGGUCAUAUCUGAC